GAUACGUUCAGCAAAUUCUUUCUUUAAUGUUUAUUCGUCAGUACUCUUUGAAGAGAGACGUCAACACUUCAUAAGAAAUGUAAUCCGUUUAACAUAUUAAAAUACAAAAUACAAAUAUGACUAAACUCCAUUCUGAAGCAUUCAGAUAGUGAAUUCGGGUUUCUUUCACGUUUUCUCUGAUUGACACCCCCAUAGAAAACAGGAGUCCUUUCAAAAAAGGUGUUGUUACGAUGACAAGUCCCCGGGACGUGCUUCUUGUUGGAGAGGGUAACUUCUCCUUCUCGUCCGCCGUAUGCCAAGCCGCAGCGGACAGCGCCAGAGUGACAGCCACCUGCCUCCAGAGCGAAGAGGCGGCGCGGCAGCAGGACAGCGCAGAGGAGAACAUACAGUCUCUCAGAGAUUGCGGAGCAGAGGUGUACUUCCAGGUGGACUGCACACGCCUUCAGGAAUGUAAGGAGUUGACCCAGCGGCUCUUUGACUGCAUCAUCUUUAAUUUCCCCCACUGUGGACGCAAAAGUGGGGUGAAGAAGAACCGCAGCCUGCUGGCAAAAUUCUUCUGCAGCUGUGUGCAGGUGCUGAAGGAGAAUGGCGAAGUCCAUGUGGCGCUGUGCAAUGGGCAGGGGGGCACACCAGAGGACAAGCCCAUGAGGGAGUGGCACAACAGCUGGCAGGUUGUUGCCAUGGCAGCCGAGGCAGGGCUUAUCCUGAGUGACAUCAGCUCUUUCAAUAGAGACAAACACCAGGGCUACAGAUGCACAGGUUACAGGAGUCAGGACAAAGGUUUCCAUGUGGAAGGGGCUCUAACCCACACAUUCACACGCAGCCUUCCCUACACCGAGCUGCAGAGGGUCAAAAUGAAGGCUGUACUAGGGAGGGAGACUGUCCACUUUGAGAUUCCCGAGGAGCUGAGUGAAUACGUGAAUAGGGAUUUCCUGAGCCCACAGUCACAUCACCCAGUGCAAAUAGUGGAGGAGCAGCUAUUGAAGGAGCUGCAGCUGGACUGGCCUGUGCACAGGUUGGAGAUGGACCUGCCCGAGCUGUUCCGCAACUCCCCAGACAGGCUGCAGACCUGCGGCCCUGACAUCACCCCCUCCGACAUUUACUGGAUCAGGCCCACCGAGACCUGUGUGUUGGGCAAGGAACAGCAGGAGGCUGAGGAGGACUGCGCGUCCAAUUCUGGGGGCUAUGGGCUCAGGCCAUCCCUGCUGAUGCACAUCCCCGAGGUGGUGCAGCACCCAGACCUCAGUCUCGGGGCGCUGAACGCCGUGAGUGGCCUGGCAUUCCGCAGGGUUCCCAUCUCCAGGAGCAUCUCCCCAGUCUUCCACCAGCUACUCCUUGUGGGAGCCCUGCCUGGGGAGUCCCAGGCACUACUGCAGCUCCGAAGCCGGCUGGAGGCACUGCUGGUGCCGCACGGGUUUUCCUUUGAGGGGGAAAAGGAGGAGGGGGGUGCCACCCAGCGGGUGUGGGUGAGCUCAAAGGGCGCCUCCAGAGUCGGUUGUUUGACACUCCUGCCCAGCCCGGCUGAAGCCCCAGAAGGCCUCCAACUGUGUGUGGCCACGCUCAACCUGGACCUACUGGCCACGCAGCUCUUCUCCCUGUCUGACUGGCGCCUGCUGUGGAGCGCUGAUCCCCGCUUCAAGGCGCACUUCCUUGCCGAGGUGCCUGGGCCCUUCCGAAACUUCUCCCUGUACCCACCAGCCUACACGCAUGAUGUCAGCUUCUGGGUGGAGCCGGACAGCUUUGAUGAGCUAGCCCUCCAUUCCCUGGUGCGGCAGGCUUCCGCAGGCGCUGUGCAAGAGGUGGUACUGGUGGACUGCUUCCGGCACCCCCACAUGGGCCAUGCCAGCCUCUGCUACCGGCUGACCUACCAGUCGCCGGACCGCGCGCUCUCCCACAGCCAAGCCCUCAGGAUGCAGCUGCAGCUGCGGCGGCUGCUCCCGCUGCACCUGCAGGUCACACUGAGGUAGAGCAAGGAAAGCGAUGGAUGGAUGCAUCUCGCUACACUUUCAUGGCUAACCCACUGACUUACAACCUUCAGCUCCAGCUGGCUUUGAUAAUAAGGGAAGAAUAACAUUCUUAUCUCAUUUAUCAAUAUAUUAAUUAGCUUAAUGCUGUUUGGGGUUGGGUUCCUAACCAGGGCUGAGACACUGUGUGGAUGUAUAUUUUGGAGAAUAUCAUAAAUAUGAUUGGAAAACAUGUAGAGUUUUGAUGACUCAGUGAAUUUUGUGUUAUUCAGUGAAACUAGCAAACUCUGCUAAAAGCGAAAGGGGAUACUGACAUUUUAUUUCAUGUCCUAUCCGACUCAUCUUACAUGAU